AUGAGGGUUAGGGUUACAAAUGGGACUUUCCCACGCGCCUCCGUUAUAUCAGACUCCGAUUACUUCAUGAAGGUCGUCAGAAACAAGUACGGAUCGAGACGCGUGCAGAAGCUCUUCGGAAUAUCAGAUGACGUGGACGCGUUCUUCUACGCCGCCAUCUUGCGCCGGUUCUUCCACAUCAUAACCGAUAACUACGCAUCCUACGUGGCGAUACGAGCUAUGGUCGUUUUCGAUCAGGUGAAGGGACAUGCAUUGUACGAUCACGUUCUCCACCAUGCGCUCGACAUAUAUAUAGCGAGUAAUCAGUACGGCUGCAUCGCUCUCAACAAGUUCAUAACCGACGCGGAUGAUCCUUUCUACAGAAACCUGCUUCUAGAAGUAGUCGGGCGCAACGCUCCCUGCCUAAGCAACGAUCCUUCAGAGAACUUUGUUGUCCAACACGUGCUUAAACUGCAUGACUUGCUUUGCAGGCUUAACGUAGCUGUUAGACUUCGUGGCCAUUGCGUUGAUCUGUCGUUUAAGAAGUACGGAAGCUACAUCGUAGAGAAGCUUCUUGAGGCGGAGGAGUCGAUGGCUGUGGUGGUUUUGGAGUUUUUGGAGUGCGACGGAGACAGAUUGAUGAGGCUGGCGAGGAAUGAGUUUGGGAACUUCGUGGUGUUCAAGGCAAUCAGAGUCACGCAAGAGAUGUCUAGGGUUGAUCCGUUUUGGGGUUUGGUGCAUAAACUCAUGCCUUUUCUCCACCUCUUGCGUAGAUCUCGCGGAAUCAACAUUGUGAACAUCUUACUUAUCAAAAAUAACAUUUUGCAAACAUCUUGGAGUCGACUAUUUAAGUUACCUAGCUGACCAGAAUAGUUGCGUGUGCGUCUCUUUCUCUGUCUAGUUAUACAUUGCACAAAGUGUUCGAAUUUUGGU